UUGCUGCGAGAAACGAGAAAACCCAGCAGUCAGGCGGGGCUGAGGCCGGGACGGGGUCGCCCGGCACGCAGCGCAGGCGCAGGCGGCCGAUGUCCGCCGAUUCCCGCGCCCUCCUCGCGGGCCGCCAUCACCAGGGCCUCACUCACGUGUUCUCUCGGAGAAGAAGAAGGAGCGGCGGAUCCGGGAGGGAGUUUUUAUACCGCUCAAGCACCGCGAGAUCUCCGCUGCCCUUGUUCCCGCCCCCUCGGCCCCGAGCGGCCUGGGAUUGGCUCCGCCGUGCCCAGCCCCGGCGCGCUGUGCGUGCGCCUGCGCGUUCCGCCCGAGCGCGGCCCGGGAACCUGAGUGACGGGAAGAGCGCUAUAAACGCGCGCGCCGCUGCCGGCCGCCCCUCGCGGACUCCCGGGCGGGAGCUGGGCUUCGUGCCCUGCAGGACGCCGGCGGAGGACUGUGCCGAUGGCGACGACAGCGGAGCGCGCGUCUGUCACCGAGACCCGCGGGGCCCGGGCCAGCUGAGAGGCCUCCAGGCGCCGGCUCCCUCCCCGCGUGGGGCUCCCACGCGGGUGCAGGGCCUUGGGCGGGCAUGGAGUGUGGAGGCGGUGGCCCGAGCGGCGUCGCCGUGUGGCCUCGCAUCCGAGGUGGACGUCACCGGGGUCAGCACCAGCGGCUCGGGAAGCGCGCUCGCCAAACGGCCGUUCUCCCGAGGUGAGGGUUUCGUGCGGCCCCUGAGUGGCGGGUAUGACCUCAACCUCUUCGCCAGCACUCCUGACUGCAGCUUCCUGUGCUCCGUCUGCCACGGCGUUCUCAAGAGGCCGGUGAGGUUGCCGUGCAGCCACAUCUUCUGUAAGAAGUGCAUCCUCCGGUGGCUGACCAGACAAAAGACCUGUCCAUGCUGCAGGAAGGAGGUGAAAAGGAAGAAGAUGGUCCACGUGAAUAAACUCCGCAGAGCCAUAGGCCGCCUGCAGGUCAAGUGCAAGAACGCGGAGGCUGGCUGCCUGGUGACCUGCCCCCUGGCCCAUCGCAGGGGGCACCAGGACUCAUGCCCGUUUGAGCUGACGGCCUGCCCCAGGGAGGGCUGCACCACACGGGUGCCGCGUGGGGCCCUGGCUGAACACCAGCGGCACUGCCAGCAGAGCUCCCAUCAGCUCUGCCCCCUGGGCUGCGGGGCCACCCUGGGCCCAGCCGAGCGUGCCGGACACAACUGCUACCGGGAGCUGCGGGACGCCUGGAGCGAGCGCCAGGAGCGCAGCCGGACCCUGCUGCUGUGCCUGCUGCAGCGCGUGCGCCAGGUGCACCGCACCACCAACCUCAUCCGCCGGCAGCUGGCCCAGCUGGGCAACUUCCUGGAGGAGGACGAGGCCCUGCUGGCCGGCACCCCGCAGGAGGCUGCAGCCACCCCGGAAGGCAGUGGGGGCGCCGGGCUGUGGAGGGCCCAGAGCCAAAGUGCCUUAUAAACAGAGGGGUAAAUAAACGUGGCGCCCAGGCCUGGCCCACCACACGGCCUCGUGACUCAUCACCCCAUCCCCUAGCCGAGCUCCGGGCACUCUGUCCCUCCUCCCUUGGUCCUCAAGUCCUCUGCCACCCGGGGUCUUGUGCGGGCAGGCCCCCUGCUGGGAAGCUCCUCACUGUCCUGGCAGAGGGGUGCCCGGGUCAGCCUCUCCCAGCCUCCUUCCUCCGCGUGGCCAGCCUCACAGCCCGGAGCAAGAUGGCUGCUCACAACAGCACCCGGGCGGCCACUCCGCCCCGGCACCAGAGGUCUAUCUCUCAGCCCCGGCGGCCACUCCGCCCCGGCACCAGAGGUCUGUCUCCCGCAGCCACCCCCGCCCCGGCACCAGAGGUCUGUCUGGGUGCCAUUUUCCAUGGCCUCUCUGAGGCACUCUAGUGUUUUGCUCUCCUGAGCCCCACGGGCUUCUGUGGUCUUCCUGAGCACCAGACACCCCAGCCCCCGCCGG